UAUAAACAAUAUUUCGCAGAUAAAACACGUGAUGUCUUUUCUUAUAUAUAAAUGAUUUAUUAGCACACGGACUUUAUAUUGCAGUAUGACAUUACCAGGAUAGCAGCUAUGCUUGUGGCUUAACUGUGUUUUAAGACACAAAAUCGAAGAAUAAUUAUCCUGACCAAUAAAAACGUUUAGAGAGGUAUAUCACUCAGUAUGAAUUCAACGACACAGAUGAAAGCAGUUGAAACACCACUGCUAAGGAACAAUUCGUUUUUUAUCCAUAAAAGUGAAAACGAGAGCUCAGGCUCCCUAGAGCUAGAAACUGAAGUAAAUCUACAAUACCAUCUGGCAAGAAUGAUAGAGACGUAUUUUGUUCCAAUCAUGUGCUCCGUAGGUAUUAUUUCGAACAUCCUAGCAAUCAAAACAUUUUUACACAAAGGUUUGAGGAACUAUUCAUGUAGCCGAUAUCUUAUUGCAAAGUGUGUUUCCGAUACAAUGUUCUUGUUAAAUCUUUUUGUUAUAUACAUCAGUCACAGUUUGAAGUAUGACUUAAAUACGGCAAAUAACAUAUGCCAGUUUGUUAUAUUUAUAACUUACGUGUCAGGAUUUGUCAGUGUUUGGACAGUUUUACUAGUAACAAUGGAAAACUACAUAAGAAUCCGAUUACCAUUUGAAGUCAAACGAUUAUGUACAACGAGAAAUGCGAACAUAGUGAUAUUCCUUCUUGUCUUAGCAGCUGUUUGCAUCUACAACUUCGCCUUGUGGAUAAGUGACAAAAAUUGUAACCCAAGACCGGAGUACUCAACUGUUACACAGGCGUUCAUAUAUAUAGAUACAUUAUUAACUUUAAUUAUCCCUUCAAUACUAUUAACAGUUUUGAUCAUAGCCAUUCUUACAACAUUCCUUAGAUCUGACAGGAAACAGUUUAAUACUACAGAGGUCUCCACUCGUCUUGUGAAUGCAAGCAUAGCGCGGAAAUCGAAAUCGAAAGUAGCAGUUGUAACUAAACUACUUCUUUCAGUAUCAUUAACAUUCUUUUUAUUGACUGUAACGAGUCAUGUUGUACGGAUAAAACUAUUAAUCAGUUCUGUUGUGAGCGGGAAAUUAGAACUGUCAAACACAGAGGCGGCCAUUCAAAGAAUAGCUCAAUUAUUCUUUUAUUUAAGUAUGGCAGUUAAUCUUUUUAUAUUCCUAACAUUUGGAGAUAAUUUUCGUAAGGUAUUCAAGAAGACGUUCCUGACAUGGACAUCAGACAGAUUAAAACAGUCUGCAGAUGAUAUAUCCCGAAGAACUGAUGUAUCAAGAUCAAGGGUUACCCCUGACGAAAAUGAAAUGUCCACACUAGAACACAAGUCUGCAGAUCGCUUAGAACCAGGAGAAACAUAUCUCUGAUACAGUGUUAAGUUAACUGUUCUGUCUCCAUAUAAUGAUAAUCAAUUGUUUUCAUUAAUAAAGGCACUGGCCUCCAGAUCAUACAUCAAAAACAAAAAGAGAAAAUGUGUAGGCAUCGGGAAAUUAAUUGCUAUAUUUCUUAAGGAAGCUUUGAAACUUAGUUACUGAAAGAUAGUAUGUUAUGGCAAAACAUUGUAAUUACUUGUUUGUAACAAUUUUAAAACAUACAUUUGAAAAGCGUUUGUAACGCUUUCCUUUUGCUAAACUGCCUUAAUAAUAAAUAUCUUGGCUCACACAUUACCGUUGGUAUAUACAAGUCUGAAUUAUUAGCUUCUUAAAGUUGUAUAAAUGUACAGUAAGUGUUAUAUUUGAAUAAUAAAU